AACAGGACGCCAUUUUCCCAGUCAACACGUUUAGCUGUCUGCUGUUGACAGUUUAUUUUGCUUUCUGUUUUGGAGAGGUUAACAGUAAAAGUUCACAAUGUCCGAUGUUGAAGCAGAGGAAACUUUUGACGAAGAGGAAGCCGGUGCCGAAGAAGCUGGCGAAGAAGAACAGCUUGAGGAGGAAGAAAAAGAGCUUGGCGAUGAGGAACAGGCCGAAGAUGAGCAAGUUGAAGAAGAAGAGGAGGAGAAGCCCCCUGCUAACCCCCUUUCAGAAGAGAUUAUGGCAGAGAGCUUGUCCUUGUUGUGUAAGACUGGGGACGGACUUGCACAUGCCUAUGUUAGACUUGACGUACAUGACAGAGAAAUCACCGAUAUUUGCAAACUGAAUGAGUUUAUCCACAUACGAUAUGUUGAUGUCAGUAAAAACAAUCUGAAAGACAUAUCUCCCCUGUGUGCACUGACGCACAUGCUGACGCUGAAGGCAGACGAGAACAUGCUCACUAGUGCCAAGUUGGAGGAGAUGCCGUUCCUGCAGGUGGCCAGCUUCAGCCAUAACCGCAUCAACAACACUGAGGGAAUCAACCAUCCAAAUCUAGAACAACUUAAUCUCAACAACAACAAUAUCUCCCAUGUGUCAGGUCUUGAUGCUUCGAAGCUCACGCGAUUACACACACUAGAACUCCGGGGAAACAGACUGGAGUCCACAGAUGGAAUUUACCUGCCAAACCUAAAAAAUCUUUUCCUUGGGGCCAACGUGAUCCGAAGGUUAGAGGGAAUGAGUAGACUUAAUGGUCUCUCAACGCUUCAUCUCCGUGAAAACCAGAUAGACAAUCUGGAGGGUUUUGCAGAGGAACAGGCACUACUUCAAUAUGUCAACCUCAGGGGGAACAAUGUCUCCAAUAUCAAAGAAUGCAGCAAGCUCAAGGUGCUGCCAAAACUUAGAGCUUUAGCUCUUGGAGAGAACCCGAUAGCAGAGGAGGAUGACUACCGCCUGGAGGUGCUCAUCUCCCUCCGCAGUCUGGAGCGGCUGGACAAGGAUGAGUACACAGAGGAGGAGCGCAGUGAGGCAGAGGAGAUCUACGAGCAGAGGCGACAAGAGGAGGAGGCCAAUGAGGGGGUUACAGAAGAGGAAACCUUGGAGAAACAGGACUAGAGUGUAACAUAGCAUCAACAGUAGGUGCAUGCUCAGUUGUCCCAGAAUGAAGAGGUUAUACAAUCUGACGAGGAAGGGGGAGACAACUGACCAGGCAUGGCCACGACGCCUGGUGGUGAAUCAGUCAACCGUCCAUUCUCCAUGAAUCUCGAUAUCUCAUACUAGUACUUUACAACUGCUAUCAUCACAGUUCGGGUUUAAUUGUCAUGGCAACUGACAAAUACUGAAUGUGUUCCAAAGGUCAUUGAAUUUUAUUGCAGAUUCCAAAUGGCUUCCAGCUUAAGUUAAUCCUCCAACCUUUAAAUUUGUUCAGAGAACAUGUAUAUAUGUAUUCCUACAAUCAGCAUUUUCUACCCUUCUGUAGAAUUACAGGUUAUAAUGUGACAAGCAUUUUACAUCAGCUUUCGUCUGUGAUAUCACAUCCAGCCAUGCAUGGUUAUUUUAUUUUCUUAUUCAUUGUUUCAUGUGUAAAUUAUCUUUUUGACCAGAUAAAUUAUUACAUUUACCACCACACAAUGAAUGUCCGAAAACUUGUUUGACAGUAAUAUUGAUAUAAAACACUUGUGCCUAAUUGAAAUGUCUUCUGGUAAUGGCUGGAUCUAUUGUAACUACAAACUGUAAUGUAUUUCAUAAUAAACAUUUAUUGUU